AUGUCUAGCAAUACACCCGGCAAAAUCAUACCCAGCAACGUCGCCAACAACACACCAGACAAGCUCAAACGUAUCUCCAUCGCUAUCGCCAGAGACGCAUGGAACAGCUACAUCUACGACGACCUCGAGCGCGCAAAGAGACUCGCCCCCCAAGCCCUCGCACAGCCUCACCUUCCAGACGGCUUCAAAGCCCCAAUGCAAUUCAUCAUGGACACGCCCAGUCAUAAUGGAGAGACUCACCCGGCUCCCGCUGUCCACAACUACAAAGACCGAUUCACCAGCGCUCAGCAUGAGGCGAACUGUGAAUACUGGCUUAAGGUCGCCCGCAAGCUCAGACGCACUCACAAGCGGCUUGAACAGGCAAAGGAAGAUUGUAUCAGAUGGCCCCUGAAGAUUACUCGCUCUAGCGAGAGUGACGAUGACGAAGACUCCUCUGCUGAUGAGUCUGAGGACGAGUCUGAAAACGGGUCUGAGGACGGGUCUGAGGAUGAGUCUGAGGACGAAAUCGAAGUCCAAGUCGGAGAAUCUAGCGGUCAUGAUCAAAGUUCAGCUGAGGAAGAUGAGAAGCACGACGCACGUCCCGCUGUUGAAGCAGACGGUCACGAUACUGCUAACGAAAAAUCACGCCUUGUCCUCCAGAGAUUUGCCGCCUGGUUUUUCGGUGAUGAUGACGAAUGUAUCCCUUGGGUGCCUUGUCCCUGA